ACUUGUAACAUUUUGAUCUGUCAGAGCGAGGAGUGCAUUUAGAAAAACCCACAACUGUGGUUAAAAUAAUGUUUUUUUAAUUGUAUCCUUUCUUGACAUAUUCUUUUAAAAUUUAUAAAACUACAAUUAGUUGAUUCAAUAGCCUUUUUUUUCCUGACAAUGUUUUGCACGUCUCCGCUGUCAGAGUCCAGCAGAACUGUUCCUGAUGAGCGUGUUUCCUAUCGGACGAAUUUAAAUGACGGACGUCUCCAACUCUAAACUCACGUGAACAACAUGAAAAAUCAUAAAAACCGUAAAAACGGGCCUCAAAAGGCAAAAUUCAAGCCAGGAUCUAAAAAGAGAGAGAACAAAUGCGUCGUAACGUUUGACGACAAAGCCAGACAAGACUAUUUGACUGGUUUCCAUAAGAGAAAGUUGGAGAGGAGGAAAGCAGCAGUGGAAGAAAUUAAACAGAAAAUUAAAGAAGAAAAGAGCAGAGUCCGAGAGGAACGACAUAAGGAAUACGUGAAGAUGCUGAAGGAGCGUACAGAAGCUCUCGCGGACGCCGAAGAUGAUCUGGAAGAUGUAGUAAUCAGUAAAACAGAGUCCAUUCAAUAUGAUCACCCAAACCACACAGUCACUGUGACAACCAUAAGUGAUCUUGACCUCUCGGGGGCACACCUGCUCCAACAAGCUGCAAAUCAUGCUGAUGGACAGAGUAAUGAUGAAGACAAUGAUGAAGAGGAAGAGAAAACGCCUGCUAUGCCAAAAAAAGCAAAAGAUCCCAUUUUGAACAAAAAGAUCCGCUCCCUCACGGCAGCGCUCAGCACCUUCACCAGCAAGCGGAGAAGGAAAAGGAAAGGGAAAGGGAAGCAGGAAGACGGACGAGGCCGUCGGACAGGCGGGAGACCCAUGGACACGGAGAGUAAACGCAAGAGUGGGAGGACCAGCAAGCGUCAGAGACGCCGGCAGACGGGCGGAAAAACGGACCAUCAGGACUGAAAACAUGUCGUUUUUAUAAAUAUAUCCCUGACUCAGGACUGGAUCUCUGAAGAGCUGUGACCCUUUUGUGUGGACCUGAGCUCCUGUGUUUGUUUUUUAAUGUCACACUGAUUUCACUAUGUUCUUACAUUUGGAUUAAAGGAAACCUUAAUACUGACCU